AUGGAUAUGUAUGAUCCCAAGGAUAUAGGGGUGGGGAAUGACAUAACUGCCCUUGCACCUUAUUUCAGACUUGGCCUCGAUCUCACUCGGGCUCAGGAUGAGGAAGCGGAGAAGCCAUGGCAGAUUGACCAGGACCUUACCGAUGUUCAAAUACCAAAGAAUCUGGAGACUCUAUUGCCGGACUUCGCUUUAGGGCUCGGUACUGAACAUUGUGACGUGAGAUUGAUUCGGCCUCGACUGAGUGCAAUACUUAUGGUGUUGUUGGCCAAGGUCAUGCAGGAAGCUUGCACCAGUGGAGUUAACGAAGAAGACCCAGCAACUAAGUCUGCGUCCAACUCCGAGCGCCCUUCAGUUGACUAUUCAACGCCAUGCUGGAUGGUUGACCAGAAAAUUAUUCUUCCACCUGUCACUGACUUCGAAACUGAUACUAUGGAGAUUACUAUGCAUUUUCUUCUACUGUACGGCUGCCGCCCAACUUUGGAUACAAACGUCAUUGUGCUUCGGAAACAGACGAUCGUCCCCGAUGAGGGCUGGGGAGUCCUUGCAGCUAUGUGUAAGUUCAUUUCUACUCCCUUGUCAUUUCUAGAGUUGAUGGACAUUGAAUUCGGUCGACCAGCCGCUAUUCAUCGCCAGCGGAAAGAGGCAGGCGAUAACGGGGACAUUUACGGAAUCCAUACCGAUACCUAUACCUGGAAUUUCUUCCACCUGAACGAUAGCGGCAAGUAUUCAACCAAAUUGAAUUUGUCCUGGUACUUGGACCAAAAGGAGGUCAUCGGUCGCCUCUGCCACAUAAUAAGAGAAGCUGCAACUCUCUCCCGAGAAGUAGGCGGUAGGGAUCCUAUGCUGGGUGUCUUUGAGUCAGAAACCGAAGACAAAAGUGAUGACGAGAAGUCUGAUCAAUGGUCGCUCUACUAA